AUGGUUGAAGGCCUUACCCGACAAUCCCUCAACGCUCUGGUUAGGGUCCACCCGGAAACAGUUCUCUACGCCGAGAAUGGAGGGUACUACCUGAAGAACAUGGAUGACGAGGUCGUUGCCAUCACUGCUGACGACCUAUGCAUGGAGCUGGACGUUGCUUUUGCCAGCGUUGAUGCCGAUGUUGUGACUCUGGAUCUUUCGGGGGGCAAAUGUUACGAGGAGAAAUAUUUGUCAAAAGAAUCGAAAAAGUUGAUGUAG